GGUACCAAGAACAGUGAUUAUCAUACAUUGGGAGAAAAAGCAAAGGAAGUGCUUUUUAUUUUCGACUGGGCACCUAAACAGAAACUGCAGUUGUAGUAUGAAGAAGGGUAGAGGAAGAACAAGCCGGAUCAGAAGACGGAAACUCUGCAGAAGUUCUCCAUCAAGGGGAGUGAAUGAGAGCUACAAGCCUGAAUUUAUAGCGCUUAAGAAGUGGUUGAAAGCUAGGAAGUUUGAAGAUACAAAUUUAAUACCUGCUUGCUUUCCAGAUACCGGGAGAGGGCUGAUGAGCAAAACGUCCCUGCAGGAGGGACAGGUGAUUAUUUCGUUGCCUGAGAGUUGCCUGCUCACCACGGACACAGUGAUUAGGAGCUACUUAGGGGCGUACAUUGCUAAGUGGCAGCCUCCCCCGUCUCCUCUGCUGGCUCUGUGCACCUUUCUAGUUGCAGAAAAGCAUGCUGGGGACCAGUCCCCCUGGAAGCCCUACCUGGAGGUUUUACCGAAGGCCUACACCUGCCCUGUGUGUUUGGAGCCGGAAGUGGUGGCUCUUCUUCCCAGACCUUUGGAAGCGAAGGCCAGAGAGCAGAGGGCGCGUGUGCGCGAGCUGUUCACUUCCUCCCGAGGCUUCUUCUCCUCCCUGCAGCCUCUGCUCUCUGAGGCUGCGGCGAGCGUCUUCAGCUACAGGGCCUUCCUGUGGGCCUGGUGCACGGUCAACACCAGAGCCGUGUACAUGAAGCGGGGCCGGAGGCAGGGCCUGUCCGCGGAGCCAGACACCUGUGCGCUCGCCCCGUACCUGGAUCUGCUGAACCACAGCCCGGCCGUCCAGGUGAAAGCAGCAUUUAAUGAGGAAACCCGCUGUUAUGAAAUCAGGACGGGCUCGGGCUGCAGACGGCACGAGGAGGUGUUCAUCUGCUACGGCCCCCACGACAGCCGGCGGCUGCUGCUGGAGUACGGGUUUGUUCCCUGCGGGAACCCCCACGCGUGUGUCCCCGUCUCACAAGAUGUGCUUGUUAAAUAUCUUCCAUCAACAGAUAAGCAGAUGAACAAAAAGAUUUCCAUUUUAAAGGAUCAUGAUUUUAUAGAAAACCUGACGUUCGGAUGGGACGGGCCGUCCUGGAGGCUGCUCACGGCCCUGAAGCUGCUGUGUCUGGAGGCUGGAGAGUUUCCUCGCUGGAAAAAAGUCCUUCUUGGGGAGAGAAUUUCAGAUACAAAUGAGAAGAUGAGUUUGGACAUCGCCCAGAAAAUAUGCCGUUAUUUCACAGAGGAGGCUAGUGCUAUGCUUCAAAAGGUUUCUCACAUGAAAGAUAAAGAAAUGGCGUUGAUACACCAGCUCACUUUGGUGGAAACGUUGUGGACAGAAGAGCUGAAGAUCCUCCGGGCAUCUGCCGAGACCCUGAGCGGUUUGCAGGCCGCUGUUCGAGACUCACCCACGUGCCUCCGAUGGCCUCCCCUGCUGGGUGUCGCCCCCUCUGCGGGGUGUGACGCCUGAAACACUGUACACUAAGGUUCGUUUUACCCUGAAUCCUUUUUAGAUCUUGGCUCUGGAUUUAUACUGUUCACAGCGUUUUUACGCCUGUUAACAUUCAGGACAAGGGGGCGGGUGUCAGAGCAGAAAUCAUUCCACAGAAGCCAAGAGCUGCUGCUUAGAAACACUGGACAUUGUCGAAGCACAACACGAUGCGGUGUUCCCUUCCGGAGCCUCUGGGUGCAGGACGAGCUGCUUCCACUUCUCCCAGCUGAACAUUCCGGGUCUCCAAGGGCCACAGCGACCGGGGUUGUGGGAGGCAGGAGAGGGAGUACUACCAGUCGCCGCCCGUCAUCUUUAAAUGCAGCAGCCCAUGCUGCGUACAGGUUAAUCCCAAGCUCAAGUGCACGAGUCCUCGGCUCAGCCGGUCAGUGCCACGUGAGCGGCAGAACACACGGUGCUCAGCACUCGGUGCACGUCUCGGCCUCCUGUGAGAACAAGCCCCACUCGCCCCGUCCAGGUGUCUGAGGAGCAGAGCUGAGUCGGGCUCAGCAGUGAGCUGGAGACGCUUCCCUCUUCGUCCACUGGGUGGCGCGAGAGGACCGCCGAGCCGGAAGGCUGGCUCCUCAAAAGCAGGCAGUUGGGAUCUGGACAAAGCAAAGCGACUGUGCUCCUGGGACAGAACGCUGGUGUCCCUGCUCUCCUGGGGGCCUUGGCCUCCUUGGGUGAGAACAGGCAGCUACACAGCAGUUCAGGGCGAAGGGGCCUGGCCAGGUGUGGGGCUCAGAGGUGAGGGUGGGGGGGCAGGUGAUAAGAUGCAGGACUGCCUGUCAGCCUACGACAGCCAUAGGAAAUGUCAGUAUGUGGCACUUUUUCUUGAGCAGAAGAGAAUGCCUCAUCGCAGGGAGCAGGUUUUAGUUCCAUGUCUUCGAGAGCAGGCAGACAGGUCCUGGCCAGGCAAACAGGAAGGCUCACUUCCAAGGGUGUAAACUGAGCCCCCACCCAGAAGGGGGUCUGCUCCUGUGAUGGCUUCUGCCAGGUGUGUCUGGAGCCGGGAAGGAGCCUUCCUCUGACGGGCUGGCCGUCCGUCCUUAAAGGCGUGCGUUUGACGUGAGGACAGAGCCUCAAGGUCGAGUGGAGUGUGCUCGGUGUCCUUGGACUCCAGCAUCCAUGUUGACUGAUAGGCUCCGAUCCCAACCGGCUGGUGACAGGCGUGAGGUGGCCCCGCACAUCACUCGUUUGAAAUGAUCUCUUGGGUCUGCUGGGCCGUCCCAGGGCCCCGUUGUCUGUCCUCAGGUGGAGACUCGCUCACCUUGCAGGUCCUUGGACCCUCUGCACCACCUCUCCGUGGAUGCACAUCCCGGCCCCGCCUCGAGCGGGCGGCAUUCCAUGCAGAGCGCCUGCAGGGCCUGGCGAGGCCCCUGCUGCAGGUUUGAAGGUUCCCCUGGAACUGGACGCGGAGAGAGACCCACACGUGGCCGUCGGUCUGAUUGGAGUUGCCUGACGGUGGCGGCUGUUUGUCUGGAAGCGAUCUUGCUGAGGAGGUCAGGUGGGGGCCAGGCGCUGUUUCUGAUGUGGUUUAAUGUGCAGGUGAGGCUGGGAGCCAUGGCUCACGUGGGCUCGACAGAAACUGUGAGAGGAAGGAUUCUGUCUCCAUUCGGGAGCAGGAGCAGCGUCCUGGCAGGGCCAUGGUAGCCCAUCUUCUUCCUUUAUAAUCUGUAGUGGCAGGAGCCCCCGGAGCUCACCUACAACCUGCUCCCCACGGUGGUCUGCAGCCAGCAGCGCCCGCGCCCCGGGAGCUCGCCUGUUAGAAAGGAGACUCACACCCUGGGCCUGACGCGUCCGAGUCUGCGCAGUGACGGACGUCAGAAACGCUGCCUCAGGCCAGCUCUCCAGCAUCUCCAGGGCCCGCGUGGGUGCGGGGCCAGCUCGGUGCCAGGCUGUGCCAUCCAUGCAUGGAGUCCUCCUCGCCGGGCACCGUUCUCUCGAUGGAUGGGGAAAGCCCGGCUCGGGCCAGGGGGCGAAGUCUCUGCCGCAGACAUCAGAGCCCGGGCCGAGCGCGGAUGGGGCCAGGGGCUUGCACCGAAGCAUCUCUGCGUAGACACCUUUGCAGCAGACAUUUCCGCGCAGACAUUUCUGCCUCAUAACUAAUGGGCUGUGAGGCAUUUCUGCCGUAAGAGAGAGAGAAUGACUGGCUGGCAGGUUUGUUGUUUGGCUUUAUUUCUCUAUUGACGAAGCAGUCAGGUGCCGUAAAAAUAAAAAUAACUGGUGGCGAUUU